CGCUUCGAGCGCGUCCCAUCUGCCUCUUUCACCAACCUCCAAUACGUCACCCGCCCGAUUCGCUCACCCGCGGCUACAUCCAGGUCGGCUACUACAGCGCGCUCGCUUACCAUUGGCCCUGUCCAUCUCAGACUUCACCCUCUGAGUAACCGCGCGCAGAAGCUUUGCAUCGGCCCUAGCGUACCUACAGGCGAUACUCUACACUUUCAGAUACCCCACCAGAUACCAUGGCCGAUACUGCCGGCUAUCCCACAGACGGCAAGCUGGAUGCCCACAACGUGCACACCAACAACAAGCGGAAGCGCGACACGCGCGAUCAGGGCCUGAACCGACCCGCUCCCCACACCGCCAACAACGACCUGACCGACCAAGCGACUGCCUCAUUCCUUGCUGCGCACAACGCUGCCGACGACGACAUGCAGCAGCAGUUUGACGUGCACCACAACGGUGGGACCAACACGGCAAGUGUUGGCGAUACUGCUGCGGCCGCGCUUGCCUACCACCAGAUGACGGUACCCCAAGCAACCGAGCUCCAGUUCCAAACGCAAAACUCGGGGGAUGGCUCUUUCAGUAUGGGAGACCACAACCAACAACAAACGGGCAUGCAGGACUUUAGCCUCGAGGCCUUGAAGGCUGCCACACAGACGGGCCGUCCCGGCCAAACAGCACCCAGCGACUCGCCACCGCAAAGCGCCACCCACAAGCCUCAAGUCGGCACAGAAGAGUGGCACAAGGUACGGAGGGAUAACCACAAAGAAGUCGAACGCCGCCGCCGCGAGACUAUCAACGAAGGCAUCAACGAACUCGCCAAGAUCGUUCCAGGUUGCGAAAAGAACAAGGGAUCUAUUCUGCAACGAGCAGUGCAGUUCAUUACUCAACUCAAGGAGAACGAGCAACAAAAUAUCGAGAAAUGGACGCUCGAGAAGCUACUCACCGAGCAAGCCAUCACCGAGCUCAGCGCGAGUUGCGACAAGUUCAAAGCCGAAUGCCAACGGGCAUGGGACGAGUGCCAGAUCUACAAGCGCGCAUGCGAAAACAACGGCAUCCUGCCUGACGAGAUCAAAGAGCGUCAGGAGAACGGCGAACAGACGGGAGCGAAUCCCAUGUAGAACACGGAAGAAACGUCAUCUGAUUAGUGGUUAGAUUGGGUCCGACCCGACCUGUCUAGCCCUGCUCUCCAUCGACCAUGUCCUGUCGACACGAUGUUGAUGAUACCUUGUUAGCUAUGUUCGGGGACUAUACAUCUGUACUUCAUUUCUUGGCCUGUCGGUCUACUGUUCAUCCCGCGCACUUU